UGCAGAUCACUUGUUGUCGUGAAGCCAUGGUGAUGAAGUGCACUGCUGUGUGCCUUGUGGCACUGGCCCUGCUUGCCAGCUUCUGUGAUGCUCAAUACAAGCCUUCAAAACCUAGAUACCAGAAGCCAGCACCACCUACAAGACAGGAGCCCGUCAAACAGACCGCUCAAGAACCCCAACAGACAAAGCAGACAUUUGAGAAACCACUCACCUGGUCGUACCCUGAGGAUCCCAAACCUGAGCCCUCACCUGAGGUGCCUUUCGAGAUGAGACACCCUGUUCCUGCGGCAACUGUUGCUGUCGAGUGCAGAGAGAGGGAUGCUCACGUGGAAGUCAAGAAGGACAUGUUUGGCAUUGGCCAGUUCAUUAAUCCUGCCGACCUCACCCUGGGAAACUGUGGUGCCGUCGCGGAGGACACGUCCGCUCAAGUGUUGAUUUUUGAGGCUGAACUGCAUGAUUGUCUCAGCACAUUGAGGAUGACAGAUGAUUCCCUCAUCUACACUUUCACAAUGAACUAUAAUCCACAAACUCUGGGCGCUUCACCUGUGGUGAGGACCAGCAGUGCUGCGGUGAUUGUGGAAUGCCACUACCCAAGGAAGCACAAUGUGAGCAGCCUUCCUCUUGACCCCCUGUGGAUCCCAUUCUCUGCAGUUAAGGUGGCAGAGGAAUUCUUGUACUUCACUCUGAAACUUAUGAUGGAUGACUGGCAAUAUGAGAGGCCAAGCUACCAGUAUUUCCUGGGAGACAUCAUCAAUAUUGAGGCUACCGUCAAGCAGUACUUCCACGUGCCUCUCCGUGUUUAUGUGGACAACUGUGUAGCUACUCUGUCUCCUGACGUGUCCUCCAACCCUAGAUAUGCCUUCAUUGAUAACCAUGGAUGUUUGCUUGAUGCCAGGAUCACAGGCUCUGACUCUAAGUUCAUGGCUCGCUCUGCAGAGAACAAGCUUCAGUUCCAGCUGGAGGCCUUCAGGUUCCAGGGCGCUGACAGUGGACUGCUCUACAUAACCUGCCACUUGAAAGCAACAUCUACUGCGUAUGCCAUCGAUAGUGAACACAGAGCUUGUUCAUUCAUCAGUGGGUGGAAAGAGGCCAGUGGAGCUGAUGCAGCUUGUGGCACCUGUGAAUCUGGUGGAUUUGGAGCGGCUCCUGGCGGUUCAUCCGGUGGAGUUGGGGGUGGUGCCUCAAGUGGUAUGUGGGGUACUGGUGGAGGCUCUCAGGCUAAUCCUGGAGGAAGGAAGAUCCGUGAUGUGUCCCAAAAAGAAACUGUUUUCGAAUGGGAAGGUGAUGUCACCCUGGGUCCCAUCUCCAUCGGAGAGAAGGUGCUCUCUUAAUUCAGUUUCCU